UUAUUAACAUAAAUAUCAAGUAACCAGCUCGGUAUCCUUCUUCUGGAAACACGACAUUUAAUUUUGUGCUUCAAAAAGCUUUGUGAAAAUGUUCGCCAUGUGUUCUGUGUAGUUUCUAUUUAUUUCUGUAGCUAGCUGGCUUCCUCUUUUUCACUUCCGCUUGUCAAUGUUGGCAACUUCCGAGGCGACAGCAGACAACUAGUUGGUUUGGUUGGUGGCAACUUUUAGCUUUCAGUUCUGAGUGGGAACAUGGACCGCAUAAAUGUGCCCCCGCCAGGCCCCACGGACCUGCCCAUGUCCCUGCUGGAGAUGGGAUGCUCUGGCAGGUUUGAGCUCAUCACACACCCCAUGCCUGACCAGCCUUUACCUCCACAGAGCACGCUCCCCCACGGGCUUCCUCCCAUCAGCCUGAGCUUGGAAACAGAAGUAGAGAAACAGUUUUUACGUGACCCUGCCUGGCUUCCUAUACACGACACAGAUUUUGCCUUCCAGAAGUUUCUCAAGGUGACUCAGAGAGAAGUGAACGCUGACUCUUUACUCAACUGCACUCCAUCUACUCUUCACUCUGGUCUCUCUGUUGUCAGAGAUCCAACCACAGGGAUGCUGCUGGACUUCACAGAGGUGUUACUGGAGAACACUGGCCUGUCAGCAAAAAACUCACUUUCCUUUCAACGACAACCCGGACCUCCUUCAGAGAGCCUCAGAGGAAGCAACACUAACUAUCCCUUCCUUCCUGGAGGCAUGGAGGAGCUCAGUCUGGACCAAAUCAAGAAGAAGUCUGAGCUUGAGGAGGACAUAGACUUUGAGAAUGAUUUACUAAGAGUUCCUCCUGGGUUAAAAGCAGGGAUGGACUUCACAGACAAAAAUUCCAAGACAGCAAAAGCAGAGGUCAACCUCAUGUCCCUCCUGUCCACAUAUGAUGACAUCACCGGUCUGCAACCUGAGGAAGAGGAGAAAGAGGAAGGCAAAAGAAGUGAAGACGCUCCAAAACUACCCCGAACAAACAGCCUCGACGACCUCGGCAUUAAGGAUGCUGUGUCAUCCUCGGCUCCCUCAGAAAAAGGAAAAGAUGAGAAAUCAAAACCAAAAGAGAACCCAGAGGAAAAUAAAAAGUGGGCAAUCCCUGUCAACAUCUCUUCACCCUGUGAUGAUUUCUACAAACGCAUCCCCAACCCGGCUUUCAAGUGGCCGUUUGAGCUGGACACCUUCCAGAAGCAGGCUGUGCUCAGGCUGGAGGCUCACGACUCUGUGUUUGUGGCCGCUCACACAUCAGCUGGAAAAACAGUGGUGGCUGAAUACGCCAUUGCCCUCUCACAGAAACACAUGACAAGGACCAUCUACACCUCUCCCAUCAAAGCCCUGUCCAAUCAGAAGUUCAGAGACUUCAAAACCACAUUCGGGGAUGUGGGACUCCUGACAGGUGAUGUCCAGAUCAGCCCUGAAUCUUCAUGCCUCAUCAUGACCACUGAGAUCCUCAGGUCUAUGCUUUAUAACGGCUCAGAAGUCAUCAGAGACUUGGAGUGGGUGAUCUUUGACGAGGUUCACUACAUCAACGACGCUGAGAGAGGGGUCGUCUGGGAGGAGGUGUUGAUUAUGCUUCCUGAUCACGUCAGUAUCAUUCUCCUCAGUGCCACAGUGCCAAAUGCUGUGGAGUUCAGUGAGUGGAUCGGUCGGAUAAAAAAGAGACAUAUUUACGUGAUCAGCACCAUGAAGAGACCUGUUCCUUUGGAGCAUCAUCUGUACACUGGAAACAGCACCAAGACUCAGAAAGAGAUGUUCCUGCUGUUGGAUGCUGUGGGAAACUUCAUUACAAAAGGGUACUAUGCAGCUAUUGAUGCAAAGAAGGACCGCACCAGCAAACACGCCCAAUCAUUCGGCUCAAAAAAUACAUCUCACAACACCACAGCCAGUCAGGAUCGAGCGGUGUGGCUCACUCUCCUACACUUCCUGUCCCAGAGGCAGCAGACGCCAGUGGUUGCGUUCACCUUCUCUCGGACACGCUGUGAUGAGAACGCCCGCUCUCUGGACUCCAUGGACAUGACCACCUCGGUGGAGAAGGCUGAGAUUCACUCUUUCUUUCAGAAGAGCAUGAGUCGCCUUCGAGGAGCAGACCGGCAGCUUCCUCAGAUUCUGCUCAUGAGGGACCUCCUGAAGAGGGGAAUAGCAGUUCACCACAGCGGGAUCCUGCCGAUCCUCAAGGAGGUCAUCGAGAUGCUCUUCUCAAGAGGUCUCGUGAAGGUUCUGUUUGCCACAGAGACGUUUGCGAUGGGAGUGAACAUGCCUGCCCGUACCGUGGUCUUUGACAGCAUCAGGAAACACGACGGCACCGGCUUCAGAAACCUGCUGCCAGGUGAGUACAUUCAGAUGGCGGGCAGAGCGGGCAGGAGAGGCCUGGACGCCACCGGCACUGUUAUCAUUCUGUGUAAAGCUGGAGUCCAUGAGAUGGCAGAUCUGCACGUCAUGAUGCUGGGUAAACCCACCGUCCUCCAGUCCCAGUUCAGACUCACCUACACAAUGAUCCUCAACCUGCUGCGAGUAGAAGCCCUCCGUGUGACUGACAUGAUGAGGAGGAGCUUCUCUGAGAGCCACAGGGACACUCAGGCCCACGAAAAGAGGAUCAGCCAGCUGAAGCAGUCGUUGUCCACUCUGCCUCCUCUGGACACAGACGGCCAGCUGUCCGACCUGUUGCCUUAUUAUCACACUGUGACGGAGCUUCGAACCACCACCGAGGCCCUCCAGCGUGCAAUUCUGGAGUCUGUGAACGGGCUGAAAGCUCUGUCUGUGGGUCGAGUUGUCGUGGUCAACAACAAACAGCAUCUCAAUGCCCUCGGGGUUCUACUACAGGUGUCCAGUGACUCUGUGAACCGCACCUUCACCGCUCUCAUCAUCUGUGAGAAAGGCAACGAGGAAGGGGAGGGCAAAAAUCACACCGCUUUCCCUCACCUGUUCAACACAGCCCUCUUUAUUCCAGAAGGUCCCUGCAGCCACACGGUGCAGAAACUGAAGCUCCAGGACAUCACAGCCAUCACAGUGAAAACCCUCAAAGUGAUUCCAGACAGGAUCAUCGACAACUACAACAAGAGGCAGCAGCCACGAUUCAGGCUUGACCCUCCAGGCCAGGCCAUCUCCACAGCAACCCAGGAGCUUCUACGAUUGGCCGAGGCAAGCCCCAGUGGAUUAGCGAGCCUGGACCCCGUGAACGACCUCCAGCUGAAGAGCGUGGAUGUGGUGGAGGACUCCAUGAGGUUGCGUGUGCUGCAGGGGAGCCUGAGAGAGUUCAACUGCAUCCACUCACCCACUUUCGCAGAGCAGUUUGCUCGUGUUCAGGAGAGGAUGAGUGUGCAGGAGGAGCUGGACAGGCUGCUGUUCCUGGUGUCUGAUCAGUCUCUGUCCCUGCUGCCUGAAUACCAUCAGAGGAUCAAGGUGCUGCAGUCCCUCCAGUACGUCGACAGCAACGGUGCGGUGCAGCUCAAAGGCCGCGUCGCAUGUCAGAUCAGCAGCCAUGAGCUCCUGCUGACCGAGCUGCUGUUUGAGAACGUCCUGAGCCCGCUCGCCCCUGAAGAGAGUGCCGCCCUGCUGUCCUGUUUGGUCUUUACACAGAAAACGCAGGUGGAGCCGCACAUCACCAACACGCUUCAGGAGGGCAUCGAUCGGGUGCUGUCAGUGGCCCAGCGUAUUGGAGAGCUCCAGAGGGAUUGUGAGAUCCCUCAGACAGCAGAGGAGUUUGUUGGACAGUUCAAGUUUGGCCUGACGGAGGUGGUUUACUGCUGGGCCAGAGGCAUGCCAUUUGCAGAGAUCGCCAUGCUGACAGACGUCCAGGAGGGCACGGUGGUCCGCUGCAUCCAGCGCCUGGACGAGGUGUUGAAGGAGGUGCGUCAGGCCGCCCGCAUCGUGGGUGACUCUGUCCUGGGGAGCAAAAUGGAGAAAGCCUCCCUGGCCAUCCGCAGGGACAUCGUCUUCACCGCCUCCCUCUACACCCACUGAAAGACGAGGAGCGAUGCUUGCAGCCGAGUGUUUGUCUUAUAGUGUGAAAGGCGUGAGAAAUGAAGGGGGAGGUAAAGAGAUGGUGUAAAUUAAAACACAAAGUGCUGUAUGUGCCUAUAAAACAUGUUGAUGUUUACAUGAGAACCACUGGAAAUGAAGAAGGGAACGAUUUUAACCAACUGACCAAAGUACAGACAUGAACAAUGGGUUGUAAUUUUUUGUACAGUAAUAAAAAUCUGUAUUACAAAAUAAA